AUGGUCAACUCAGCAUUUGUUGGCGAACCGCCUGCCACGGAAGAUGAUCUCAACAUUGUCCGGGGCAUACUUCGCAUGUACGGCCUCGGCAAUGUCGACCCCAGUCUUGGAUUGACCUUUUCCAUACAAAGACCAAAAGGUCCACCUGACGAGUCGAAGCAACCUGGAAUUUUGGCAGGCAUGAUCAUUGUUAUUCUUGCCAUUGUUGUACCCACGGUCGCGAGAAUUAUCAUCCGUCUCAGAGGAUCGAGAACGCAGUUUGGUCCUGAUGAUUGGGCCAUCAUCUGUGCUGCUUGUUUGGCAGUUUCUUACCCAUGCAUCUGCAUAGCGAUGCUCGCUGAGACGGGCGCCGGUCGACAUACGUACGAAAGCACAUACGAAGAAUACAACCUCUAUAUGUACUACCUAACGGUUUGCAAAAUAAUAUUUUACGUUGCUGUCGGACUCAUCAAGGUGUCGAUCACACUUUUCGUUCGACGACUGGCAGACAGAGCAUCGAAAGCUUGGAAGCUCUUUGCCGACAUAUUCCUUGGGACAGUGGUGAUUUACAUACUUCUCGCGAUAUUCUGGUUCAUCUUUUCGUGUAGACCUAUUGGAUCGAUGUGGAAUAAGAAAUACGCUGGAUCUUUGAAGGACCCUCCAGUAUGUGUCGAUUCAAUAUUUCAGAACAAGUUCUUGAGUAGUAUGCACGUUGCACAGAGCAUUGUGCUUCUCUUGGCGCCUAUUAUCAUUUUGUGGUACGUCAAGAUUAACAAAGGCAAGAAGGCGCGCCUGUUCUUCAUCUGGCUUGUUGGAGGCACCACGGUACUGGGCGGCCUGCUACAGCAAACCAUGAUCACCAUAAGCAACGACUCUUGCUGGCAAUACACAUCAGCAUUACGGUGGACAGUGAUGGAUCUCACAUUCGGGACAUUAGCCGCAUCGCUUCCCGUCCUCGACGCAGCGAUCAUGGGUACAUGGAGCUCCAUCAAGACCAAGAUCGGCGCAUCAGGCUCACACUCGCGAUCUCGGACCCAAGGGUGGACAGAUCUGGAGAACGAUACAAGACAUAUAACGACGAUCCGUCGCGGUAGCGAGGCCGACUCCGACUCGAUUGAGAAUAUUAUGAGCAAAGAUAAGAGUGGCGGGAUGGAGAUGGGCAUUUUACGGACUCAUGAAGUUCAGUUGAGUUACGAUUCGGAUCAGGAGCCGAAGAACCCUCAUGUAAUGGGCGUGGGAAAGUAG